CCAGCAGCGCUGGCAGGAUGGACAGAAUGACGGACGAUGCCCUGAGGCUCCACCUGCUGAAGCGAGGCCUGGACCGGGCCGAGGAGCGGGACGACGUGGUGGCCAAGCGGCUGAAGAUGGAGGGCCACGAGGCGAUGGAGCGGCUGAAGAUGCUGGCCCUGCUGAAACGCAAGGACCUGGCCGGCCCCGAGAUGCCCCAGGACCUGGUGGUCAAAGCCGAGCACCAGAAGGCGGGCGAGGAGAAGCUGAACGGCAGCCUGAAGCCCCGCCUGGAGAUCCGCAGCAUGGGCAAAGCAGGCAAGGAGAACAUGGGGGACGAGCCCGUCGACAUGAGCGCCCACAAGAGCGACGCGGAUAGAGAGCGGAGCACCCCCUCGCCGGACAUCAUCGUGCUGUCGGACAACGAGGCGUCCAGCCCGCGGGCCAACGGCAGGUAUGAAGACCGCCACAAGGUGGCGAACCUGGAGCUCUUCAAGGUAAGCGGCCAGCC